CGAAGCGCUUUACUUCCGGAUUAACCCGCGUGUUUCCCUUUUGUUGUCUUUUGCGGAACGCGCUCGUUACGAUCGUUUUCUAUCUUCGCUGGAGGCUGAAAACAGACAAAACAGACAAAAAUGAGCAAAGCGCAUCCACCGGAGCUGAAGAAGUUCAUGGAUAAGAAACUCUCACUGAAGCUUAAUGGGGGUCGCCAUGUCCAAGGAGUCCUGCGAGGAUUUGAUCCGUUUAUGAACCUUGUGGUGGAUGACUGCGUUGAAAUGUCAGCUGGUGGACAGCAGAACACUAUAGGCAUGGUGGUCAUCAGAGGGAACAGUAUUAUCAUGCUGGAGGCUCUGGAGAGAGUAUGAUGACCCUUACUUCAUCUUUACCCCGUCUUGUAUGACAGCAUGUUGUGAAUAAAGAGUGACGUGGUUGCCAAACUCUGAUGAAUGAAUGAGUUACCGUUUUUUUUAUUUUUUUUUAUAAUG